AUGUCGACACGACGAGGAAACACAAAGAAAUUAGGCCAAAAGCACCAAAAUAUAACUGCAUUCAAGGAUUACAAAGGCGCGACUGUUUACAAAAAGAUUAAAGCACUUCCCAAUGAAGGGUUGUGCCAGAAGUGCUACGACACUAUCGAGUGGAAAAAGAAAUUCCACAAAUAUAAACCCUUGAAACAACCCGCCGUAUGCUUCGACUGUAAACAGAAAGUUGUCAGAUUCGCUUAUCACACAAUGUGUCAGGAGUGCGCGGAAAAGGCGGGAGUAUGUGCUAAGUGUAGGUUGCCAAAGCCAAUUUACAAAGAAUUUAAGAAACCAAAAACUAUAGAACCAGAGGAAGAGGAAUAUCUUUAUAAAUACGCAUUACUUUCACUUAGAAAGAAAAAGUCACUUGACAGACAACUCGAGAAGAAUCCAGAGUUGAACAAAUAUGAGGCUAUAAAAGCAUACGAGUUGAAUGACAAAGACAGUUUUGACGAUGACGAGAGUGAAGACUCAAACGAGGAAGGCGAGGAGAAAAAUGAAAAAACUAAAAGCGAAACAAUGAAAUCGGAAAUGAAAGAAAAAGAGAAAAGUGAAGAGGAAGAGGAAGAUAGCGAAGAAGAUUUUGAUGAUGACGAGAGUGAUUGA